AUGGCCUUUUUGAAAAGCCCUGUUGCUGUGUUACUCCUGCUGGUGUUGCUAUCGCUCGUAGCGCGCUGCACCCACUUUAUCGUAGGUCCUCUGGAGAAGGAUUGCCUUCACUUCCGAGUUGACAAAAAUAACGUCAUUGUUGGGUCGUAUGAAAUAAUCGACAAGAACGCAUUGUGUUUAAUGUACAUAGUCAACGCAAAUGACAAAAAAAGGGAGAAAAUUUUCAAGUCGAAUAAUGUACAGGACAAGUUCGAGAUAAAGGUUGCAAAGGCUGGCACCUAUUCCUUCUGCUACGAGAACAAGAAAAAAGCAGAAAUAACAGUAAUGUUUACUUUGAGGGUGAAAGAAAGCCACGAUGCUGUCGACGCGGAGUUGGGUACAGCAGAUGAUGUACAAAAAAUAAAUAACGAAGCAUCCCAGUUGUAUGAACAAUUUUUUGAAGUCCUUGAAGAGCAAGAAAAAAUGAUGGAGACGACAGACUUGUACAAGCAAUUUAACGAAAAAAUGAAUUCGAAAUUAAUUCUGUGGUCAGAAGUACAAAUAAUACUGCUAAUUGUGUUAACCAUAAUUCAUAUAUUCUACAUAAAGUCCUUUUUCGAAAUAAAAACCAUCGUC